CAGUAUUUAAACCUCAAAUCCAAGGUCUCUCCUCCUCGCUCUCCGGCCCGCAGCUGUUUCUUUCUCAACACCUUCAAUACUUUGCGACACUCGACGUUGCUGCAAAAAUGGCCACAGCUGGUAAGGUCAUCAAGUGCAAGGCAGCAGUGGCCUGGGAGCCCAACAAGCCUUUGGUGAUUGAGGAGAUUGAGGUAGCCCCGCCCCAGGCCAAUGAGAUCCGCAUCAAGGUUGUUGCAACUGGGGUGUGCCACACAGACCUGUACCAUCUGUUUGAGGGUAUGCAUAAAGACGGCUUCCCAGCAGUCCUUGGCCACGAGGGAGCCGGCAUUGUAGAGAGCGUUGGGCCUGGAGUCACUGAAUUUCGACCAGGAGACAAGGUGAUUCCUCUGUUCAUAUCCCAGUGUGGAGAAUGCCGCUUCUGUAAGAGUCCCAAAACCAACCAGUGUGAGAAAGGAUGGGCUUCUGAUCGCGUUGAUGUGAUGGCAGCCGUAGACUCCAGGUUUACUUGUAAGGGGAAGAAGGUGCUGCAGUUUAUGGGAACCAGUACCUUCUCUGAGUACACUGUGAUAGACCAGAUUUCUGUGGCUAAGAUCGACCCCGCUGCUCCUCUGGACAAAGUCUGUCUGCUCGGCUGUGGGAUCUGCACAGGAUAUGGAGCAGCAGUUAACACAGCUAAGGUGGAACCGGGCUCAACAUGUGCUGUGUUCGGCCUGGGAGCUGUGGGUUUGGCUGCAGUCAUGGGCUGCAAGGCUGCAGGAGCCAAGAGGAUCAUCGCUGUUGACAUCAAUCCAGAGAAGUAUGAGAAGGCCAAGGUGCUCGGCGCAACCGACUUUGUGAACCCCAAGGAUCACAGUAAACCCAUCAGUGCUGUGUUGUGUGAGAUGACUAAUGGAGGAGUGGACUACUCCCUGGAAUGUGUUGGGAAUGUGGGAGUAAUGCGCAGUGCCUUGGAGUCUUGUGUGAAAGGUUGGGGUGUCAGCGUGCUGGUUGGCUGGACAGACAUGUAUGACGUAGCUACCCGACCCAUUCAGCUCAUUGCUGGCCGUACAUGGAAGGGCUCCCUGUUUGGAGGAUUUAAGAGUAAGGAUGGUGUGCCUCAGAUGGUUAAAGCCUAUCUGGACAAGAAGGUGAAGCUGGAUGAGUUCAUCACUCACAACAUGGCUUUGGCCCAGGUCAAUGAUGCCAUUGAACUGAUGAAGCACGGCAAAUGCAUCCGGACAGUCCUGAGUGUUUCUCCACAAUAAGACCACUGUGUUGCCUUCAGGGACAUAAAAGUCAUUUAAUGACCUGCAGCUACGUUGGACUGAAUCUCAAUACAAAAUACAAUGCACAUAAUAAAGAGAAAUUGUGUACUGUAUGACCUUGAACACUCAACACUGUUCAGUGGAUCAAGAGCAGAUUGUGGAAUCAUGUGUUGACAUUUAACAGAUGGGAUCUGUGGCUUCCCUGUUUGUGUUCUUGUCAGUCAAGUAGUUUUAGCUCAGAUUACACAGACCAUCAUGGUGAUAUCAAUGUUUGCUUAACUUGGCAGGCAGUGUUGAAAUUAUUAUUAAAGUCCAACUGUCAUCAAA